UUCAUUUACUACAAAGUACUAGAAUGCCUCCAUUCCAACAAUCAUCACACUAGCGUCGAUCUCGGAUUUCGCAGUUCGCGGACUACUUAUUCCGAUCUCGAAUCUCAGUCGACAACAUCAAUGAGCAGCAGCAAAGCGGACACAAGCAACAGCAGAGGAGGACGCAGCAACAGCAGGGGAGGACGCAGCAACAGCAGGGAAAGAAGCAGCAGCAGGGAAAGAAGCAGCAGCAGGGAAAGAAGCAGCAGGGGAGAAGGCAGGAAAGAGCAUCAUCUUCUUGAUGAUGAAGACUACGUUAUUUACUAUGAUAGGUUCCCGAAGAAAAUUGAUUUAAAUGAAGAUUAUUAUGAUGAUGAUUAUGAUGAGUCUCAAGAGCAAGAGCAAGAAGAACAUCCUGGAAUGGAACUGGUGACGUUCCAAAAUAAAGACGGGACAACCCACGAAGCUUGGAUUUAA